AUGUUCCCACCAACCUCACAACACGCCUCCGAAUUGAUCAAUCGUCAGUUCCUAUACCCACAGGAGGCUUUGCCCCCCAUCCGCGGACAUAACCGUAGGGCCUCAUCUGGUUCGCGAGGCGGCGACGGAAGCUGGAGCGGGCUGUCGUCGAAUCGUCAGAGCCCAUACCCAAGCCCAUCUGCAAGUCCACGUGUUCGCUAUGACGAUCUUCCCAACGUGCCUCUUGCAGGCCGCCCAACUUCUUUGCUUCGUGCAGAGCCGGUGCAGCAGCCCCUCAACAACGGUUCGAUUCAAGUUACCAAACAGACUGUGACAAGCGAACGCACAGCUGGUGCUAGCCACCGUCGAAGGAAGCAAGAAGCAAACUUCAUGUGCCCUGUGCCGGGCUGUGGCAGCACCUUCACGAGAAGCUUCAACCUAAAAGGUCAUAUGAGAUCGCAUAACGAAGAACGUCCGUUCCAAUGCAAGUGGCCUGGAUGCGGCAAGGGUUUUGCGAGACAGCAUGAUUGCAAGCGUCACGAACAACUACACUUCAACUACCGGCCAUUCACUUGUGAGGGCUGUCAUAAGACCUUUGCUCGCAUGGACGCGUUGAACAGGCACUUGCGAUCAGAGGGUGGUGCCGAAUGUCAACGUGUCCUGGAUGCAGCCAAGGAUUCUGAAAGGGUACCGAUGCCCAAGACGGAGGAGGCGGGGUGGUCGACCACGAGUGUGAUGGUAUGA